GCUGCUCCAUAUACUUCACUCCAAGCCCCCUUCUCUAGUUCUUUCUUUACACAGCUUCUGUAUUAACAUUACUAUUCAAAAUGGCCAACCAAGCACCCAACAAAGUUCAGGAACGCCUUACGCAGGUCGAGGGCCAUCUCACAGGUGGAAGUGGGAGCCCUGGAGCAGUGAGCUCCAAGGGAAAGAAGAGUUUGCUGGAGAAGAAGCCUGACGACAUUGUCGUAACUUGCGCACUCCGUACCGCCAUCACAAAGGGCGGAAAGGGUGGCUUCAAAGACACCCAAGCAUCCGACCUCCUCCACGGCGCCUACAAGGCCCUCAUCGAGCGCUCCGGCAUCGAUCCCAACCUCGUCGAAGACAUUGCUGUUGGCGCUGUCCUCGCCCCAGGAGGCGGUGCAACCGAGUUCCGCGCCGCCGCCCUCGCCGCUGGCUUCCCUACCACAACCGCAACAAAGAGCUUGAACAGGCAAUGCUCCUCCGGUCUACAAGCAUGUGUUGACAUUGCCAAUGCCAUCAAGUCAGGCAUGAUCGAGGUCGGUAUCGGCGCCGGCGCUGAGAGCAUGAGCACACAGUAUGGUCCUGGCGCCGUAUCUGAGUUCUCUGAGCUCCUCGAAUCCCACAAGGAAUCCGCAAACUGCAAGGUCCCUAUGGGUGUACUUUCUGAGCAAAUGGCAAAGGCCAAGGGUAUCUCCCGUAGCGAACAAGACGCAUUCGCCGCGUCGUCGUUCCAGAAGGCUACCGAGGCGCAGAAACAAGGGCUGUUCGAUGAGGAGAUCGCGCCUGUGACCGUCCAGUGGACGAACCCCAAGACCAAGAAGGAAGAGACCAUCACUGUUUCCAAGGAUGAUGGUGUCAGGGAGGGCGUUACCGCAGAAUCUCUUAGUAAGAUCCGUCCUGCGUUUGCAAAAGACGGUUCCAUCCACGGCGGCAACGCUUCUCAAAUCUCCGACGGUGCCGCUGCCGUUCUUCUCAUGAAGCGUAGCACAGCUCAGCGCCUCGGCCAAAAAAUCAUUGGAAAGUUUGUCCAAGCUUCCAUCGUCGGUGUGCCGCCCCUCAUGAUGGGUGUCGGCCCCGCUGCCGCUAUCCCCGUUGUCCUCGAGAAGACUGGCUUGAACAAGCAGGAUGUGGACAUUUACGAGAUCAACGAGGCGUUUGCUAGUCAGUGCCUCUACUGCAUCAACGAACUUGGCUUGGACCAGAAGAAGGUGAACCCCAAGGGUGGUGCUAUUGCUUUUGGACAUCCGUUGGGUGUCACAGGUGCUAGGCAGGUUAGCACGCUUCUUACAGAGCUGAGGAGGACAAAGCAGAGCAUUGGUGUUACUAGCAUGUGCAUUGGUACUGGUAUGGGUAUGGCUGCUGUUUGGGUGGCCGAGUAAGUCUCAAUAAAGGCUUAUGGUCAUACGAUGAAAGUAAAUAUCUUCUCGAACGUUUUGUGAAAUAUGAUUCAAUUACAUGAUGUU